UGAAGUGUUCAAUUCAAACAUGGCGCCGUACAGUGGAAUCGUCAUUUUGAUAUCAGUUUUUGUCACAUUUCAUUGCUGCGAUGCCAUGAUAGAUGGGCUUUACUGUGGCAAAGAAAAUUGUUACGACGUUCUUGGUGUCUCCAAGGAUGCAGAAAAGUCUGAAAUAGCCAAGAAUUACAGACAGCUCGCUAGAAAGUACCAUCCAGACAAGAAUAAGGAUGCUGGUGCCGAAGAACGAUUCCAAGCAAUAGCCACUGCCUACGAAAUCUUGCGGGAUGAGGAGCAGCGAAAAGAUUAUGAUUACAUGCUGGACAAUCCAGAUGAGGUUUAUAGACAUUACUACAGAUAUUACAGACGCAGGGUAGCACCGAAGGUUGAUGUAAGGAUCGUCAUCGCUGUCUCCAUCAGUGUCGUCUCUGCAAUACAGUAUUUUAGUUGGUGGUCUAGGUAUAAUACUGCUAUAAAGUAUCUGGUUACUGUUCCAAAAUACAGACUUAGGGCACAGGAUAUUGCCAAAAAGCAAGGUUUACUGAAUGACUCGGUCAGAAAACGAGGGAGGAAAAGCAAGGAAGCUAUGCGAGAAGAAGAGGAACAAAUUUUAAGACAAGUAGUAGAAGAAAAUGCUGAUAUACGGGGAGGAUACAGUAAACCAAAAAUUACAGAUGUUUUAUGGGUCCAGUUGAUACUGCUUCCCGUCACAAUAGCAAAAUAUUUCUACUGGUACGCUCGGUGGACGUGGAAAUUUACGAUACUAAGGGAGCCGUUUGGCCUGGAAGAGAAACACUACAUCAUUAGAAAAUACAUGCGGGUUACGCAGUUACAAUAUGAAGGUAUAGAGGAGGCAGAAAAGGAGAUGUUUUUGAAACGAGAAUUAUGGAUACCUGAAAAUUUCAAGGUUUACAAGCAAGAGAAAGAGGAACAGAUGAAAGCCGAUCUUGCUGAGAAUAGUCGAUAUAAAAGCUACCGCAGAUACAUGAAGAACCAUGGCACAGGCAGAAUGACCUUUCAGGAAUAAAAUGUUAACUCCUUGGAUGCUGAAUCCUCUAAUUCCCUUAGACUUUGUACCAAUGCCUCUCGGUUCCGGUAGUCUACAGUUAAAGGUGGAGUAAACCCCCCAAAAUGUGGUUUAGUUUCAAUUGAUCUAAUUCUGAUUCGUCCAACUACCAACUCAUCUACUAUCAUUUGGUCUACUAUCGGUUCGUCCACUGUCCACAUGGUCUAAUUGCCAUUUCGUCCACUCAAUAUUUUUUCUACUAAUCAGUUGGUCCACCAGCCAUUUAGUCCAUAUACCAUUUGGUCUAAUUGAAGAAAUGUAUAUCUCUCGCAUGAAUUAUCAUAUGAUGGUUGAAGGUUUAAUGAUGGUAUGGACAAUCGCGGAAGCGUUUUAGGGUGUUCUAAGUAAGUCCAGUGCCCCGUCUUACAAAGAGUUAUGAUUAAUCCAAUCAAUCAUAACUGUAUGGAAAUCCAUCAGUCAUAAUUUAUUCUAUAGGUAAUUUGCACGAUGUCCUUGGUAAACAAAAAAAGCACAGUGAAUUUUCAAGAAAACAAGGAAUGCAUGAAUAUAAAUCAUAGUUAGAAAAUAUUUUGAACAAAUAUGCA